UCAGGUAGCCAUGUUUCGUCUUGUAUGUCUAACAUCCAACAUGGGCGUUUCUUUCGUCGUCUGCAAAGUGUCAAAUACUUUGCACGGAACGAAAAUGUUCAGAGACAGUGAUAGAUUUUAGCCUUUCUGAAACAUCGGAAGAUCAUUUGUGUUAUUCGUCAUCACCAAAUGCAUUCGAGUGAAGACAGAACAUACAUCCGAUCGAGAAAAUUGCAAUUUUGCUCGGUGAUGGCUACAACUCAGUACCGAAGAGCAUCUUCUCCAGGGAUCUGACUUUGCUUGGAUUAAAAUCGAAGAAAACGAAGUACACGGUAUUCCUAAAUUUGUUAACUACAAGCUCGUCCGUCAAAAUAAUUUGUUCCUUAUUUAAAUCGAUAUUCAAGUCUCGACAUAAAAUGACAAGGUUAUGCUUCGCUGUGAAACGAACAUCACGAUGUUAAAAUAUUUUAAAGUGUGUGGUUCUUCCAAGUGUACAAAGAAUACGACGUACAGGAAUUUUUAGCGCAGAUAUUUCGAUGAUAUGAAAUGUGUAUAAUAUAAAAAAAAAGUGAAUUGUCUUGUUCAGUAUCCAAAUCAGCUGAUUCCUAGAUUGACAGGAAACGUCGAGUGCGAUCAACAUUCGAAGAGUGACGUAUUUAAUUAUUCUGUGAAGAAUAUCGAUAUAUGAAAAACGUAAAUAUAUACAGUACUUUUAAACGUACGAUUUCUUCGUAUUUUAAAAAGUGAACAAUUAAAAGAUGUCAGGAAACAGUUCCAGCACAGUAGGUACACCAAGAGGUGGCAACUUACAAAAUCGUAAUUCUCAGAGAAAGGCGCUUCUAAAAGUAGUGAUUCUGGGUGAUGGUGGUGUUGGCAAGUCUUGUCUUAUGAACAGAUUUGUGUCAAAUCAUUUUGACGAACAUAGUUUUCAUACUAUCGGAGUGGAAUUUUUAAAUAAAGGCAUCGAAAUCAAUGGAGAGGCAUAUACGCUGCAAAUAUGGGACACAGCUGGACAGGAAAGGUUCAAGACUCUUAGAACUCCAUUUUAUAGAGGCUCCGAUAUUUGUCUUUUGACUUAUGCAGUUGACGAUAGAACAAGCUUUAAAAAUUUAGCACUUUGGAGAUCUGAAUUUCUUUAUUAUGCUGAUGUUCAAGAGGGAUCCACAUUUCCCUUUAUUGUUGUUGGAAACAAAGUGGAUGUUCCAGAGCCUGAGAAACAAGUAUCUACAGAAGAAGCUCAAGCUUGGUGUGCAGAAAAUGGAGAUCCCCCUUUGGUAGAAACAUCUGCGAAAGAUGCAACAAAUGUUGAAGCAGCAUUCGCUGCAGCUGUUGCUGCUUGGGCACAACUUGAAGCUAGAUUAGAGCGUCCCUUUGUAGAAGAUACUGUUGAUCUUUCUAAGCAACAAUCUCCUCAUCGUUCGAGUUGUUGUAUGCCAAUGUCUGGUGCUGAAUCCGCAAUUACAGUAACGUAAUGAAAUGAGUGGUAAGGAGAUAAACUGGCAUACAUGGAAUGGAUCCAUCAAAUUUGUUUACACCUGAAAGAGUACACUAUGUUGCAAAUUGAACCGACUCUUACAAGCAAUGAAUAUUGUAUUUAGGACAUAUAAGGACAUUAUAUUAUAUAAGUAUAAGAAUUUUAUUCUUUUUUUCUUUGACCUACACUAUAUAGUUUUGUUUUUAACAAUUCGUUUAAUUCUUCAGACAUUAUUCGUAACCAUUGGCAAUUCGAUUACAAAAAGUGUAAAGUUUUUACAUACUUGAGAAUUAUAUUAACUUUAUAGAAAGAUAGUAAUGUUUAAUAUUACCAUUGCAGUAAUAAUCUUGCAUGUAACAUGCUUUUUCUUCUAGGUCUAACAAAAUAAUUUGAAGAGAUAUCUUGCCUGUCUGCAAUACAUUCUUCACAAUAAGGUGAAUUUUAAUGUUUCAACCAAUUUUUUGUUAGUACAUUAAUAUAGUUCCAUCUCUCGUGUUUAGACUUUAUUAGUAACUAAUAUGUUUUACGAUGCCAAUGAAUCUAAUGUCCAUGUUACUUUUACGAAUUCGAUUCGUUUAUUUUGAAUAGUUAAAAUUUUCUCCAGUGUUUUUGAAAUAUAUAAUUUAAAGUUACAAAAUCGCGUAAAAAAAAGGUACUAUUUUACGGUUGAUCUUUCCAGAACGCAACAGUAAAGUGUAAGGUCAAAUUGAACGUCCUACUCGUAACACGCUUUGUGCAACUUGUGAGCUACAGACAGUAUUUUAAGUGUUUCAUACACCAUUGGCUUGUGAUAAAAGAAUAAUAAUCAUCAAUUGCUUUAUAAAUAAGAAUUAGUAUAAAUUGUAAUUUAGUUUUGUAAUCUAAAUUUGCCUUAUCCUUGCAGCACAAACUAAGGGCAGUGGUGUAGUAUAUGUCUGAUUUUACAAUAUAUAUAUUUAUGUAUAUGAUAAAGUGCAAAAUACUCUGCUGCUCUUGGAAUGAUCUGCAGUAGGUGUUUAAAGAAUUUCCUACAAAAUUAAUAAUGUUAUAGAUAUAACAAAUAAAGCUUUUUGUACAAUCCUAUGUGUAUGUUAUGCAUUUCUAAAGCUAUGUAACUUACUUAAAAGCUACUUAACGCUUUAGUAAUGCUUUACAUAUUAAGUAUAAAGAGUAUGUAACAGAAUUGUAAUUUAAAUAUCCUUUCCAAUAACGAGGCUUGCAUUAAUUAUACAUGUGACAUGCAUGCUGGUGCUUUUUGUAUAGCUACAUGUGGGAUAUAUAAAUUUCUAGCAUCAUAUUGAAUAAUGUGUUGGUUCAAACGCGAACUGCAUAAAAAAUUUAAUCAUAUCAAGGUGAAACGCGUCACCGAGUGCAACACGUAGGUUCAGUCUGCAUUAACUCAGUAUGUUUUAUAUUGUUAAUCCUAUAUGACUUUCAUUAAUAAUUUUAUAAAAAUUACUUUUGUACAGUAUACAUUGCAUUUGUUAUAGUAUAUUUUAUGUAAUAUUAUUUGAUGUUUAUCAAAAUCGCAGCCACGAUUUUCAUAGUAUGUCUUAAAUAUUAAUGUGUAUCUACACUUUAUGAAUUUUAUAACGCUGGAAAUCGUCUUUACAAAAAAAAUAAAGGUAUUCUGUGCUUGUUUAAAAAUGAUAAAAUAUAUUAGUAAAAUGUCUUUGAUACCUCACUUUGAUUUUUAAUUACACAAGUGAAUUUGUAUUUAUAUUGUCUUAUAUUUUACAAAUAAUAAUAGUUUCUAGAUUACUUUUUAAUAAUACAAUUGUUAAUAUU